AAAAUAUGUUGUGUUCAGUUGUUGCUGCUGUUGCGGGCCGGAGUUGCGCAACCAGCCAAACCCAGACUGGAGGAAAGAAGAAAUCAGAAAUGAAAGAGCGUACCAUGACACGUGAUUUCUCCGGAACUAAGACUUUUCUUUCUUAAAUUGGUUUCGAGCCCGGCGCUACAAGGACCAUCGAGCCGCUGCAGCGAGGCUUCACGCCGAUCUCUGAAUGUCGCAAUAGGUUGGGCUCAGACACCUUGUCCCGGCGCUGACCUGGAGCUGAGCCUCAUUAUGAGAUGUCGUCUCCCAGAGCGUCCUUCGUGCACAUCAGGUUCGAUGACAUCCUCUUCUACGAGAACUGCGGCGGCGGCAGCUUCGGCAGCGUGUACCGGGCCAGGUGGAUCUCCCAGGACAAAGAGGUGGCGGUGAAGAAACUGCUGAAGAUUGAGAACGAGGCGGAAAUCCUCAGCGUCCUCAGCCACCGGAACAUCAUCCAGUUUUAUGGCGCAGUUGUUGAGGCUCCAAACUAUGGGAUUGUCACCGAGUUUGCAAGCGGUGGCUCCCUGUACGAUUACCUGUCGAGCGAUGAGAGCGAGGAGAUGGAUAUUAAGCAGAUCAUGAGCUGGGCUGCAGAGAUUGCUAAAGGAAUGCACUAUUUACAUUCAGAGGCCCCGAUUAAGGUGAUCCACAGAGACCUGAAAUCCAGGAAUGUUGUUUUGGGGGCAGACAAAGUUCUCAAGAUCUGUGAUUUUGGGGCAUCCAAGUUCUUAUCCCACACGACGCACAUGUCCUUGGUGGGAACGUUUCCCUGGAUGGCUCCGGAGGUCAUCCAGAGCCUCCCUGUGUCAGAGACCUGCGACACCUUCUCCUAUGGUGUGGUGCUUUGGGAAAUGCUAACUCGGGAAAUACCCUUUAAAGGCCUGGAAGGCUUACAAGUAGCCUGGCUUGUGGUGGAGAAAAAUGAGAGGCUGACCGUCCCGAGCUGCUGUCCUCCCAGCUUUGCAGAGCUCAUGAGAAAGUGCUGGGCUGCAGAGCCAAAAGAAAGGCCGAUGUUCAAGCAGAUCCUGUGCACUUUGGAAUCUAUGUCUAAAGACAGCCAACUUCCUGAACAGUGCAACUCUUUCCUUCACAACAAGGCUGAAUGGAGGUGCGAGAUUGAAGCUACACUCGAGCAGCUGAAGAAGCUAGAGAGGGACCUCAGCACCAAGGAGCAGGAGCUGAAGGAGCGGGAGCGUCGUCUGAAGAUGUGGGAGCGCAAACUCAUCGAACAGUCCAACACUACGUUGCUACCCACCCUUGACAUAUACACCUGGACAGAGGAACAUGUGUAUUUCUGGAUGCAGCAGUUAUUUGGUGCAGGAAGUGAUAUGUGUGGAAUGCAGCUUUACGCCGACCUAUUUAAAGAAAACCACAUCACCGGGAAGAGGUUGCUGCUGCUCACAGAGAGCGACAUGCGGGACAUGGGAGUCAAGUCCAAAGGCCACGUCAUGCACCUUAAGGCGGAGAUUGAAAAGUUAGCCAAUGAUUACCUGGGGAUACUGCACUUCCCACCACUGCUGAAGGAUGAGCUGGAAAAGGAGGUAGAACAGAGUAAAACCGUCAAUCUGGAGCUGGUGUUUGGGUACCACUGGAAACCAGGAAGAGGAAAGUCUGACUGCAAAUGGAAAAUGUACAUGGAGCUUGAUGGAGAUGAGGUUGCCGUAACCUACAUCAAAGAUGUCAUCUUUAAUGCCAACAGGCCGGAUGUGGAAGUCCUGCGGAUGACUAAGCCACCGUUUCUGAUGGACAAAUGGAUCGUUGGAUUAGAACAGAACCAGAAAAUAGACUUCACAGUCAAUUACGAGAAUGAUGUCAAGUCACCAAAGUCGACCAGACACAGCAGCCUGUUAGUGUGGACCCACAGUGGCGGACAAGAUGAGAUAAAAAACGUGGAGCUGGUCAUUGAAAUGGCUCCAGUUACCCCAAACCCCAGAGACAGAGACAACUGUAAUUUUGACCUUGCAUGGAUGAACAAUGUACGGCAUAAGCACAUGGUGACCCAGAAGUCGCAGCCUAAGACGGACCGCCUGAACAGCUCGGACGCCCGCACGCUGCCUCAGUUCCUCUCUGCGCACGAAAGCCAAGCGUCUUCUUACGCCGCCGCUGUGCGCCGCUCUCCAAACCACCUCCGCGGCACUCCCUGGAGCGACUCUCGCUGCUCGUCGCCGACCGGCAGCCUGUCGGCCAAACUGUCGCCGCUCCGCCUCGGGUCAAAGGGGAGCAGUCCCUCCAGCACUACAUCGGAGAGCACAUCGGAGCGCCCGCGCAGCGCCGGAGCCAUGUACGACCACCGCAGGAACAACUACUUUGACAAGACGUCGGCAGGGGGAGGGGGGCAGGGGAGGGGGCAUGGGUGGACCCACAACAGAGGAGGCAAUAAGGGCGGAAAAGGCUCACGGCAGCCGGGGAGGCCACGAUCAAAUAGUUACAGCGUCAUGCCACAGAGCCACCCACCUCUGAUACCGGGUAUACUGUCUGUGACAAGAAGCCCCAGUGAGGAAAAAGGGGGAAAAGUCAGCGAUGGAGGCUGGAUCAAAGUAGAGCGACACAAAAAGUCACAGCGUCAGGACAAUAAACCGGUCAGAGGUCGAGCGAGGAGAGAAGGAAGGGGAGGACGUGGCGCUGGAGGAAGACCCUAAUGUGGAUCACGUAUGAGCUGACGGCUCCUAUCAGAACAUGACAUGCAUGUUGGGAGGGAACCAUCAUGAGGUGUGGGGUGUAUCAGUGAAGCGUCGACUUCUUUCACAUGUCCCUUUUUAGAAUAAAAUCAGAGUCCGUGUGCCCAUAAUGUAUUUAUUAUUACACAAAAAUAGAUUGUUCUGUCUUUUAUUCAUUUUAUUUCAUGGGCUGAAUAGAAGAUGAUCUCAACUGAUAUACUAUUCCAAGAGGAGUAUUUAUAACUGUUGUUUUAUGCAAAUAGCAGCAAAAUACCAAAAUAAAAUAAAAACUUUUUUUUUUU